GAGACAAAUACGAAUCAACACUUUUUGUGUCACCUUAGUAGCCAAAAAGCAAAGAUUCAUCUAGUUAAAAAAAAAAUGCAGUUCCUCUUUAGUUUGUCUUCUUUUUCUUCUUCGGCUAUAGUAUUGUUUAGUCUCAUUGCCUUUGUUCUUUUCUGCAACACCAAUGCUGUUUUAAGGCUACCACAAAAUAUUUCGGUGCCUGCAGUUAUAGCUUUUGGAGAUUCAAUCGUGGAUACAGGCAACAACAACCAUCUAAAAAGUGUAGUUAAGUGCAAUUUCGCUCCGUAUGGGAACGAUUUUAGUGGCAAAGUUCCAACAGGUAGAUUCGGCAAUGGAAAGGUCCCAGCAGACCUAGUAGCUGAGGAAUUGGGAAUUAAAGAGCUUGUGCCAGCAUAUUUAGAUCCACAGUUGCAACCUCAAGAGCUCAAGACAGGUGUAUGUUUUGCUUCAGGUGGCUCAGGAUAUGAUCCAUUGACACCCAAAAUAGCGUCGGUCCUAUCUUUGGACGAUCAAUUGAGAAUGUUCAAAGAAUACACAGGGAAGCUUAAUGGAAUUGUUGGAACGGAGAGGACAAAGUUCAUCUUGGCCAAUAGUUUAUAUCUCGUGGUAGCAGGUAGUGACGACAUUGCCAAUACAUAUUUUGUUGCUCAUGCACGAGAAUUGCAGUACGAUAUCCCUUCUUACACUGACCUUAUGGCCAACUCUGCUUCCGAAUUCUUAAAUCAAAUAUAUGCGCUAGGGGCGCGAAGGAUUGCAGUAUUCAGUGCACCGCCAAUAGGAUGUGUGCCAUCACAGCGAACUCUGGCCGGAGGAUUACAUAGAGGGUGCGCAGAUAAGUACAAUGAAGCAGCAAAGAUGUUCAACUCAAAACUUACUGCCAAGAUAGACUCCCUUAACAGGAACCUGCCCAAUAGUAGGAUUGUCUAUAUUGACGUUUACAACGCUCUACUUGAUCUCAUUGAAAACCCUGAAAAUCAUGGCUUCCAUGUUGUGGAAAAAGGGUGCUGUGGUACAGGGGAUAUAGAGGUAGCUAUACUGUGUAACCCAGCAUCUCCCAUUUGCAAAAAUGCGUCUGAUUAUGUAUUUUGGGAUAGUUAUCAUCCCACUGAAGCAGCAUACAAAGCCCUUAUAUCUCCACUCCUCCAAAAGUACCUCAGUAGCUUCUUCUGAGGCAACCAACAUAGCCAAAGUCUCUUCAAGUCGAAUUGCACCACGUACUCUUAUUUAUUUCAAUUGGCUCGUCUAAGUCAUAUUUUCAAGUUCAAUGGCGAUUCCGGCUUUUCAUUCAUGAUAUAUAAAUAUAUGUCAAUUUAGAAUUGGAUUGUUUUCCCCCUACUAUUGUAACCAUAGUUGGUCAUGGUUUCCACAAUAAAACAUUGUGGUACGUACCGUAUUAGUUUCAUACAUCUGUACGUACGGUAUUAGUUUCUUACAUGUGUGUUUCAAUGAGUUGAAGUAUGUAACAUUAUAUGACUAUUUAAGUAUUCUACAAAUUUGGCUCCACUUAUUACA